CGUCACAGACCAUGCGAAAAGGUGACCUUGUGCAGUAUCAGCAACAACAACAACAGCCCACGAAAUUGGCGGGAAAUGCUGAGGUGUGACACUUGAUGGCCUCCAGAAGACCCUCAUCUGUGCCCGCAUCGAGCUAUGGCUCCUUUGAAGACAAAAGUUAUCAGUGCAUCUUCUCAGGAUUCUAAGCACUUGGUUGAAAACCUCUUGAAUCCUACAAAUUUGAGGAAAUGGUGUUGCAGUAAAAGUGAGAUAGACAAAGAUCUCAUUGUAGUGCUUGGGUUUGAUGUUAGUUCAAAAAUAGAGCACAUUAAUAUAGGUAAUGAUGGGAGUGCCUUUGUGGAGAUCACAGUUGGGAGGUCCUCUUGGCCAUCAAACAGACCAUUUGAAGUGCUGCUCCCCACUGUCUCGCUUAUGACACCUGCAGAGUGCAAGAGUUGGAUAAACACUUCAAAAGUUGUUUUGCUUGGAAAAGCAUCGUUUCGUGCAAGUAUUGCUGAACAGAAAUGGGACAGGGUUAAGGUGCGGUGUCACCAGCCAUUUGCUACAGGCAAGCAGUUUGGACUGGUUUUUGUUGAGUUAAGAGGUUCAGAUCGGGAGAUGGAAACUGGACAUUUGACAGCUACACAUGGUAACACUAAAUCAGAUGAUGGUUGUGACAAUUUUAAAGAGAUUGUUGAGAAGGCAAUUUAUUCCUCUAGGAAAUCUUUCAAGCCAAGUUUAGGAAUGUCUAGAACGGAGAAGUGCCUUGAGAAAGCUUUAUCAAAAUCAAACACUGGGAGUAGAGAAAUUCGAAAAGGUUGGUCGGAUAGUGCGCUGUUGAAGUCAAAGACAAGUGUUUUAAAGAAGUUUCAGCAAGAAGUAGAAUGCUUCCUGGAGAAUGCUAAAAUUGAAAACCAAGAAUCUGCCCAGCUUCCAGAACUUGUGAAAAAUAUGGAAAAAAGCCAUGGAACCACCUUAAACAGAGCCGAGAGAAGAGUCAUUUGUGAGAUUGUUGGGAAGAAAUAUAAUAAUCUUAGUUCUGAAAAGAAUCUGGAAACAAAAAAGGAUAAAAUCAAUUUUAAUGGAAAAAGAAGCAAGGAACAGAAGGACAAUUCCUGGACAUUUCGCAACGGAAUAAAAAGUUUCAGUUCUGAGCCUUCAAGGCCUGGAAGUGGAUCAUCAAGGAACGAAAAAAGAGCUGUCACGUGGCCAGUUACACCCUUGAGCAGUAUGAAGAAUGAUGGAAGCAACAAUCAUACCAACAGAUGCAUGCAAAGAAGAAGCACAAAUGUUUCACGGAGCAUUCUUCUUUACGGCGAUGACAUAGAGGGACCACCCAAUAAGCAGACAAAGGUAGAGCCAGUUACAAAAGAGACCAGUGAAGCAAGUACCAUUGAUGAAAGUACCAACACGUCACAAACAAAUCCAGCUUGUCCACUUUGUGGCAAAUCAAUGUCUCCUGUUGCUCUUGAAAUACAUACCCAGUUUUGCAGCGGCAAAACCGAACUGGAUGACGAUUCUCAAGAGGACUCUGGUCCGGUUGCUGACAACAAUGCAGGAAAUGUAGGGAAAAAAGACGCGUCCAUUUCAAGUCAUCUGGCGUUUGCCAGUGCCUGUGUUACUUCAACAGUCCAGUCUAUUCCAUCACAACCGCUUAACUUCAGUGGUGGUAGAGAGCCUCAAGACACACGUCCUGCUUCAAGGAAGCCCAAGGCAAGGAAACAUUCCCACAGUGGCCCUGUUGCCACAACAGCAGCUAGAUUUACAAACAUGACUUCUGUUGUUAACACUGCCGUAAAUCUGAAAGGAAAGCCUAAAGGUAGGCAGAAAGCAGACCUCCCCAAAACCUGCCAAAAGUUCCCUGUUUCCCUAUCCACGGUUAGAUCUGCUAUGUUGACUGCUGCCGUAGCCAAUGCUGUUGUUGCAGCAAACUUAAAAGGAACGUCUAAAGCUAGGAAACAAGCCUCUUCACAUAAUGGACGUCGUUAUCCUGUUUCUUCAAAUGCACCCAUCGCUGUAGCUGCCUCUGCAGCCACUACUGCAACAACAGGAAACGGAAAAGGAAGACCUAGAGGUAGAAAGCAAGUUGCCUCUUCCCACACUGGUCCCCGUUAUCCAGUUGCCGCAACUGCAACUGGAGCUAUCGCAAUGGCUGCUUCCUUACCUACUGCUGUAAAAGCAGCAAGCUUGACAGGAAGACCUAAAGGAAAGACGCAAGUUGCCUUAUCACAAAACCACCACAGUUCUUUGACUGUAACUGCGGCUAGAUCAACUUCUGUUACCGUUGCUGUAACUCCAGCUAUUACCACAGCAACUGUAAAGCGCAAUCCUAAUGACUGGAAGCAACCAUCCACCAAUCGACAAUGUGGUUUCGUUCAUCACGCCAUCAGGGUAAGACCACCCACGGUAACAACUGCUGCCGUAGUCCCUACUUUACCGACUGCCGUAACCCCUGCCACUACUGCUCCUUUAACCAUUGAUUUGACACGUGGCGUGCCUGCUGCAACUAUGCAUUCUACAGCUGCAGAAACAGCGAUGCUGGACUCGAACACACCAUUGGCUUAUCAACAAGCAAUUCAAAACAUAGCUGUUGCAUGGCCUUAUGUGCUUGGUUUGCCCAGUGUCGAAAACGCCCAGUGUCCAGUUUGUUUACACGAGUAUCCGACAAAUAUCAUACAAACACAUGCAAAUCAGUGUCUAGAUUUAGGACUAUAACUAACAAAUAGAAUAUUUUUGUUAUGUUGGAGAUUAACGAAAUCAUAUCAAAUUUUUAGAAACAAGAACAAUCUCAUGUUCAGUUUAUUUUUGUACAAAGAAUUUUAAUACGCUUUCGCAGCUUUUAAUAUUAUUUUCCUAUGUAUGAAUAGCAAUUUUAUUUUUACAUAAAAAAUGGGUCACAUUUAUGUUAAAAUUAGCUUAGCCAUCAAUUAUCAUGAUUUUAUUGGCCGUUAAUGAGUCACAUUUCUAUUAUAACUAAUCAAAUUUCAUUUCUACCAAAAGGAGAAAUCGAAAACAAUCAUUUAUGGGCAUUUGAAAGGUUUCCUUAUCGUGUUUACUACUAUCAAUGUGACAAUAAAUUGAGUUAAUCCGAGGACAACUCGAAAAUAAGUUGGUGAAAGUUUCUUUUCAAUAAAUACUUGAGAUUUUAUUGGCUUUUAUUGACUGGCAGUCUAACCAAUCAGGUUGUUCCCUAUCAAACGAAAAGAUCAAAAGCAACUAUUUAGGAGCAUUUAAAAGAUUGAACCCAAUUCUUCUCUAUAAUCAGCUACGUCAUUAUGGAUUCCCAUGAGAUGUGGGGGCAUGCGCUACAAGUCAUUGGGGACUUUGCUGCAAGUCACCACACAAGCUCCCGAAUUCGCGAUAGAUUGGUAAGAGCAUUUCAAAGAUUGAACCCAAUUAUACAUCACAGGUGUAUCUCAGGACUCAAUUUUUACUCCCCUUCUACUUACCCAUACCAAUUGCUAAUAAUAUGUAGCUCCAUUCAUACAAAAAAUGAGAUGCAAGCCAGUACUUGAUAACCGUUGGGGAUGAAACUCACCAGAAAACUGGCAAGUGCCAUCUUGAAGAGAAACACCAAAAAUAGGAGAAUACUAAUGAGAAAUUGGUUUAUUUUAAAUAAUUGAAUAAAAAUUGUCAUUCUGCUUUAUAACUCCAAUCCUUCUUGGAAAUACAGAAAUAAGAAUAAUUCAAUUCUAUGUUUCUGAAGAACCUUAAAUUCUUUUUAUAAGUAUCAAUUUACCACCAGAAAUUCAGAAAACACACUGUUACAAAGAUUGCUGUUCAUUUGUCUUUGUUCAUCUCUAUUCCAUGCAAUGGCAAAGGUAGAUCAAACAAAUAAGUAUCUAAUCUGGGUCAAUUUUUUUUAUCUGCAUGUAAGGCCUCCAUUUUUGUCUGCCAGUAAGUUCAAUGUAGUUUAAUAAUGUUUUAAUGUAAAUCCACUUAGAUCCAUUUUAGAUAAAUUCUGGACCUGUAAAAACAGAGCUUUAUUUUCCUUGUAUAAGGUGAUAUUUAUGGACAGUAGUCAUCAAUAAGAAUUUGAUAACUGUUUGAAAACUGUUGAUAACAAACAACAAGCAUUUUGUCCAUUGCAGAAACAAAUAAAAAACUGCAUUGGUUCAACUUCUGUGUUCUACCUUUAAACGAGUAACAAAUCCAAUUUGACACAUACACACACCUAAUUCUUUCCCUCUUUUUAUGUCUGCACCAUGGAGAGCUCCUGCUGACCUGGCCUAAAAGACACAGACCUGGCCAGUCAGACAAUGUUGCCAAUGCUCUGUCACGCCUUUAUCCUUGCCUGAGGUUUAAACAUUAGGAGAUAACACAAUAGCGUGCCUUGCGAUUCAAGUCAGCCAAAAUCAGAGUCGCUAUCUUCCUCAAUAAUUGGUGCUAGAAGUUUCACCUUACACUGAGCAUCUCGUCUCUGUGUCUUCUUGCUUCGUUUUAAACUGCUUAUGAAUUCUUGACCACUCUUUAACAGGCUGAACUGAGACUCGUAGUACUCUGAUUCUGAUUCGAGAUCACCCAAUUUUUCGUAUCUAAACCUUUUUCUAGUACCAAAAUUUGGUGUCCAUAGUUUAGUGUAGAGAAGGAAAAUCAAGAGAAGAAUAAACAGGAAAACGAGGCUGCCAAAUGCUGUGAAGGCCUUCUUUCUGUCUACAGCUACUGGUUCAAGCACCCUUUGGUGGGUCUGUGUUUUAUGCUUUGCUUUGGCAAGACGCUUCAUUAUGAUCUCUUCCCCAAUGUGAUGCUUUGGUCGGGCAGUAGUCAGAACUGGGGACUUGGUAGUUUGUAAAGAUGCCUUAAAAUGAAAAUUUAGAUUGUAUUUCAGCCACAUAAAAGCCACUUUAAAAGAAACUUUAACAACUGCAAAAUGUCAGUGCAGGGAAAUCAAUCAGCUGUAAUUUGGUGCAGCUUUUUCAUAAAUCCCCAAUAACCAUUUCAAUAUGAUGCAUCUACCAAGACACUUAAAUGACCAUCCAACAGGCCUUUGAACAUUAAAAUCUAAAGCUUAGUGGUUGAACAAAAGGACCAGUAAGUUUUCAAGCAACCAUUUUCUUUAGUGCAAAUAUUUGAAUUAUACCACUGGUUGUUUAUUGAGUUUGGAUGUCUUUUGAUAGGUCCUUAUUCCAGACUGAAAACUCUAUUACACGAUUAUGAUUAAUUGUCCUUGUACACAUCUGCACGCUUUGGCAUAUUGGCCUCACAAAAUCCUUAGGUGAUAACCAUCAUUAGUUUUUCGUAUUAAAGAUGAAAAUUCAUCUAAUUUGGACCAAACAUUUUUAAAGAGUUUUGUUAGUAAACAAGUUUUAAACAGCAAAUAAACAAAUGUGUGAUACCUUUUCAUGCUCAUCAGGACAAAGAAAUGUAUCUUUGACGUCAGUGAUCACUUUUGCAGCUCUCACAAGCUGAUGUUCGUAAGUGCCAUUUUUGUGAAUAUGUGAAGCAGGGCCUUUGUAUGCAUGUGAUUUAAUCCAGCGUUUGCAAGUAGGAAAAUCAACUUUGUUCAUUAAGAGAAAACAUCCCCAUGACACCAGGGCAAUAGGCUGAAAAACAAAAGCAAUGUAAAAAACACCAAUAAUAGAGAGGGAAGAGGGCAAAACCAUGCCACAACAAGUUUUACAGUUUUGUUUUGAAUGCUAUGGAAAGAUGGCUACUCUCAAAGGAUUUCUUAAAUAAUGGAUUUUUUUACAAAAUGACAUAGAAAGCAAAAAUAAAGCAUAUACUAUUUAAAGAAAGUUUUGGCAGAUGCUCCUUAGAGUAAAAAACAUUUGACAACCACUAACAAAGGUGAAAUCUGUAUUCCAAUGCCAACUGAAAGCAAUGAGAGUGGCACAUUUGGCCAGUUUUCUUGACAAAUGUGUAGCCUGGUUUCAUAGAAUGGGGAUGAAAAGUAUCAAAGCAAAAAAGAUUUGCCAACUAUGGUUUUGUUUCCACUUUUUAGUGCUAUCCUGAAACCACUGAAUACCAGAGGGUUAUAUUGAAAAUAUCCAGCUAACAGCUGUACUUGACAGGAAAGUGAAUUGAGAAAACACGGGAUAAUAUUUCCUUAAUCAAUGUCAGAAGAUUUUACUUUCCUCUCAACCACCCUGUUCUUCAGGUUUGGAAGACCAAUGGAAGUUUUGGUUUUUUGUCUGGCUUGCAGAGUUAGCCCUGUUUUGUUUGUUUUGAUGUGUUUUAGAAGAAGGAGUAUGUUUCAAGUAUAAAUGGCACAUCUAUGUACGAUAUAUUGUCAUACCUUUGAUGAAGUUAGUUUUUCAUAUGGGGUGAGCACAUAGCGAUGCAGACAACUCUCAGCUAGUUGCCUAAGUUUUGUGACUAAUGAGGUGUUGGCACAUGGAUGAUACAGAAAAACAACUCCGCCAUGCUAAAAUAGAAUGAACAAAAUUGGUGAGCUUAUGUUGUGCAAAUAUCAUAAAUAUUUUUUAUAACAUCUGCAGAAACAAUUUAAGUCAAAAGAAUAACCAAAUGCCAUCUUAAAUGCCUUGGUUUGUAUAUACAAAGCUGAUUGUAAGCCCUCAAAUCUAAUUUAAGCUUUUUUACUUCCCCUACUAGGUUUUUUUCUUCUCAACUGAAUAAUAGCAAGAACUUCUCUUUUUUAGAGGCAAUAAACUUGCAAUACCAUGCCAUACCACCUUCAAUGUCGUAUUGGAAAAACAAUAAAUUAAAACACUCUCAUAAGAACACACACAAAUAUACAGUUUUAUUCUGGCCCAUUUUAAGAAUAGAGGGUUUUAAAGGAUGAUAAAUUAAUGAAAAUGAAAAUGAUCUUGAGGUUAACAAUCUUGGUGCAAUCUAAUCAGAAAUCAAAUUGAUAAAAAUUCAAAGUGCUAUUACCUGCAGAAUUUUUACCCAAUGUUCAUGCGAAAGGUGACUGUAUUCACCAUAGGCUGGCCAUCUCAGUUCUCUUUUCCCACUGCAGAAAACACAAUAUAUGUUGAGGUUGGCAGUAUUGCCAUUUUGGAUUAUGUUUAGCUAGUUUUUAAGUUUUUAGAGUCAUAAACAUAGAAGGUUUUUUCAAAGUGGGGGCAGGGAACAAAUGAAGGAAAAAGGACUACAUCCAUCAGUUGCACAUGCCUCUAUUUUUCUGAAAAUUGUAGGAGCAUGUGCUCCCAAUGACCAUCUGAUUUCUAAUUCUAUGUUUAGAAUCCCUCCCUCACGAGAUUUGUCACAAUGAAGGUAUGGUUGAUGUGAGGAUCAUUCUUAGAGAAAUGACUUGGCAAAAAGGCACGAAAAAGACCACAAUUUACAUCCCUCAGAAGAAAACCUGUCAGUAUUCUUUAAAUCUCAGAUAGGUUCUUGGUCAGUAUAGGGAAACCAUUUUAUAACCACUUUUGUUGCAUAAAAAUCACAUAUUUAGUUGGUACACACAUAUGUUAAAAAUAAUUAUUGCUUUGGUCAGGGUACCAAUUAAACCCAACUGGAAAUACGUGUAUCAAGGAGCACAAUGUCUUGAAUUGUGAUUUUUUAGCCAUCUGUAAUUGAGAAUGUCAAUAUAGAGGAAUUUCUCUAGUACUUUAACUGAAAUUUAUGCUCACCUUAAAUGAUAUGUUUCACAAAAGAUAGGAUCUUGAUAACAUUUCAGACUCUGUAAAAACAUAUGAACAUGAUAAAAUUGAAAAAAACAGAGAACAUGGCGCUUCUUAAUAAACAAAUACAUAUCAAAUUUAAGUCAAGGCUUAUUUUAAUUCAGACAACAUCACAACUUUAAAUCUAAGUUUAAAUCAAGGAACAAUUUGCCAGAAAGGACUAAGUAUAUGUACCAUGACUUUAUGACAGUUCAAAACACAGUACUAUUUGUAGUAAAUGUAUUAUUUUUCAUUAUCCUCUCAAAAAUAUCAAAACUAAAUGCAAAAUUUAAUGCCCCUUUUAAACUCCUCAAAAAAGUCUCACAUUUUUCAUAUUUACUUAAUUUUGAAUGAGUUUUGUGUAUUUUUCCAUUUAGUUUAGAAAAUGUUAACAACUAAGCACUUGAAGAUUGCCCAGCUUUUUUGAAGUUUUGUUGUAUAGGGGGCCAAUUAAAGCUCUAAACCCUCUGCUUUGUUUUCUUGUGCCCUUCACAGCUACAGUGGUCAUAAAAAAGCUGGCUGGAAGCAAAUAGCUUGUUUUACUUAUAGACUAAUUUCUGAACGGUUUGUCUCUCAUAAGCAGAAACUUAAUUGUUAUAAAAAUUGCUAAACUUUUCCAUCAAAGCGAAGUUCUUUUUCCUGUUUUUCCUUUGCUGUUCACCAAGUCGGCCUUCAGAAUAUAAAUCAAAAACAGUUUUUCAAAUAUGACUCACAUCAUUUGGGCUGUAGCAAAAACUGUCUCCUUGGUUUGUAGUAUUUGCAUCCUAAAAACAAAAAUUCAUUUGACAAUGAUAAUCAAAUUAUUCUAUUCACUAAAAUUUCUCCUAGACCUUUAUCGUUGUGCAAAUUCUACAAACUGACCAGAAUUUUGAUGGAUAAAAAGCAAGAUGAACAUGUCAUUUACAUCAAGAAGCUUUCUGAUGUUUAUUGAAAUCAAAACAACAACAGGCUAUGUUUAUAAAUCUUGUUAGCAGUUAGCAGAAGAAAGGCAAACUGGUAAAGAAAAUUAUCCUGUUUCUCACAAAAAGCAAACUAAAAUAGGAGUUGUAUUAGUAAAUAUUUUAUCUUGUUGUCCGGGCAUAUGAGGCCUCUUUUCUUUACUUUUUAUGCAUGAACAAGAUAUUAGUUCAUUUAGUUUUGAUAUUAGUUUUAUGUCUUCUGAUGACAAGGUCAUUUUUCCUGACAUUGGCACGUUUGUUGUCCAUUUGCAUUGUUCACCAUUUUAGGUGUUUCCGCUGUAGGACCAAUGCAUUCAAAAAACAUCCUUAUCAAUUCAUGAUUUUCUUUUAACAAAUUUUGUAUCAACGUUAUCUAGAAGAAAAAAAAUAAUUACACAAAGAUUCAGACGAACAAGCUUUAUGUGUGCAAGACAAACCUUUGAGACAAAUUUCGAGCAGUCUGGCUCUUCAACCGUAAUCUUUGGUUGCUGCGUUGAAUUUACCUAGAAAAUAAAUGAUUCAAGAUGCACUUCUGAAAUAUAAUCAUUCUGCACAAAUAUCAGCAAUACAUUAUUGGUUGCAUAUUCAUUUCAGACAAGUGUCUUCUUAAGUAAGCAUUGAUGACAAAACUUUUCAUUUAAUUCAAAUUUGAAAUUAAUUCAGGUUUUUAUUCUUUAAAUUAACCAAGUUAGGUUUACUCUAGUAUCUUUGUAAAAACAUCAACAAAUAGUAUUAUGCAAAGUUAACUGUUUAAUGUUUCUGUAAUAUCUAAGCACAUCAAAAAAUUUCCAUCACUUUUAGAAAAAUUUGAGAAAAAACUGUUUAUAAGAUCAAAUUAUUCCAAACUUGGAAAUACUUCAUUUUGUCAACAAUUUUAAAGGCUUAUUUAAGGAAUCUUUAUUCCUUUUUU